GCCGAGUGAAAAACAGAAAACUACAGAAGAGAAAUGGCGGCAACGAAGAGCAAGGCAGUUUACAACGUUUACCGAGCGCUGAGCCAUGGUCUCUCACCAUUGCUGUACCUUCACCUACACUGGCGCAAACUCCGAGGCCUCGAGCAUCCACUCCGCUGGCCUGAGCGUUUGGGCCGACCUUCCCUUCCUCGUCCCCCGGGGCAGCUCCUCUGGAUCCACGCCGUUUCAUUAGGUGAAGGAAUGGCUGCCAUUCCUGUAAUCAAACAAUGCAUUCAGCGAAGGCCUGAUUUGACCAUCUUGAUGACCACUACGACGUCGUCCGCAUUUGAAGUAAUAGAGAAACGUCUUCCAACUGGUGUCAUACAUCAGUUUGCGCCUGUUGAUACACCUUCUGCUAUGGACUCAUUCCUCGGUCACUGGAAGCCAAAUGCGAUUGUGAUUAUGGAGAGUGAACUGUGGCCAAAUUUAAUUAUGGGUGCUUCAGAAAGGGGUAUCACACUGGCAUUGUUAAAUGCUCGAGUAUCUACUAAAUCCUUUAAACGUUGGUCAGGACCAUUGCUUCUGCCACUUGUUUCGUUGAUGCUAUCAAAGUUUUCUUUGAUUGUCCCAUUGAGCAAUAUGCAGGCAAUCCACUUUCAGCUACUGCAUGCUCCCCCCUUUGUGAUCAACUUUUCUGGUGACUUGAAAUAUGUGGUUGAAGAAUUUGACAUUUCUGAGGGAGAGAUCAGAAGUAUAGAAGAUCUAAAAGUACAUCUUGCCCACCGGAAAGUUUGGAUGGCUUCAUCCAUACAUAAGGGGGAAGAAGAAGUAAUACUAGGCAUUCACAAAGUGCUCAUGCAACAGUACCCAGAUGUGUUAACUAUUAUUGUUCCUCGACAUCCACAGCAUGGAAAAGAGAUUGCUCAACAAUUAUGGAAAGAAGGGCAUAGUGUAGCUCUGAGGUCUCAACAUGAUAAACUUGUAGGAGACACAAAUUUAUAUGUGGUGGACACAUUAGGUGAAUUGAAACACUUGUAUAGGUUAACUCCAGUAGCUGUAAUUGGAGGUUCUUUUUUGCCUACUCUUUCUGGUCACAACAUAUCAGAAGCUGCUGCAGCUGGCUGUGCUGUUUUGACGGGUCCUUAUGUUGGGCAUUUUUCUCGCAUGGUGCUGGAAAUGCAACGGUUAAAUCCUCUAUCAGUUCUGCAGGUUUCUGGAAAAAUAGAACUUGAAGACGCUCUUAAAAAGUUGUUUAGUGACGCCAAAAUUCUAGAAGCACAUCGUACAGCUGCAAAACAAGUGUAUCAUUCUCUGUCAACUGGCAUUGUUGGCAAGGUUUGGAGUCUUCUAGAUUUUCAGAUUCUCCAACGGGCUUUAAGCUAAACAGUACAUGAAGAUCAGUUUGCAACAAUAGAAAAUAGGAAGCUCGUCGCACGGUAUGGCUAAAGGGCCAGGGCAUUCAUGAGCAUACUCUUCAUAUGCUUGGUCUAGCAGCUGCCGUAAAACCGGGUGGUUCAGCAAAUCCGCCCUUACAACGAACCUUCUUCUAGCUUCCCCUACUACUACAGCCAGGUGACCUGGAGGCACAUCCCGGGGUGGCUUCUUUUCACUGCCUCUGGUAAGCCUCAGCUUCGCAUGCAACCCAUUCUUUUUCAGCUUCGCAAUGUUGCAGAUCAUGCCACGUCUGGAAUAUUGCUCUGUUUGAGGAGCCAUAUGAUCCACGAGGAGUGAGGUUUCAGACAUUUUUUUUAUAAGGAUGUUCAAGGUGGACGUGGGUAUUUAUUUGUGAGGGCAGAAAUCCUCUCCGGUUUUGUCUUCUACAAUCGAUUCAUUUACACAAUAAGGUAAAAUAUCUUAUAACUACUAUUUGCAUGAAAUGCAGAAAAUAUGGGUUAAAUGU